AUGACACAAGAAAAUGAGACUGAAGUCCAGGGUUUCUAUCUUCUGGGAUUUGGGGUCCAGCAUGAUACUCAGUGUGUUCUCUUUAUGGUGUUUCUUUUGAUCUACGUGACAUCCAUGGUGGGAAACACUGGGAUGAUCCUCCUCAUCAACACGGACUCCAACUAGACUCCCAUGUACUUUUUCUUACAACAUCUGGCUUUUGUUGAUAUCUGCUACACAUCUGCCAUCACUCCCAAGAUGCUGCAAAACUUUGUAGCAGGGGACAGAUCCAUAUCAUUUGGAGGAUGUGUAGUGCAAUUGCUGAUGUAUGCCAUCUUUGCCACUUGUGACUGCUACCUCCUGGCAGCUAUGGCGGUGGACCGCUAUGUCGCUAUCUGCAAACCACUUCACUAUCCCAUAGUGAUGUCCCGAAAAGUCUGCAUCCAGAUGGUAGCUGGUUCCUACCUCGUCGGGUCAAUAAACUCCUCGGUACACACGGGAUUUACAUUUUCAUUGUCAUACUGCAAAUCAAAUCGCAUCAAUCACUUUUUUUGUGAUGUUCCCACAAUUAUUAGCCUUUCAUGCUCCAACAUUGAUACCAACAUCAGGCUUCUUGUUGUCUUUGUUGGGUUUAACCUGAUGUUCACUGUGUUGGUCGUUAUCUUUUCCUACAUAUACAUCAUGGCCACCAUCCUAAAGAUGUCCUCCACUGCAGGAAGGAGGAAAACCUUCUCCACGUGUGCCUCCCAUCUGACCGCAGUCACCAUUUUCUACGGAACCCUCGCUUACAUGUACUUACAGCCUCAUUCUGACAGCUCUGAGGAGAAUAUGAAGGUGGCCUCUGUGUUUUAUGGCAUUGUGAUUCCCAUGUUGAACCCUCUGAUCUACAGCUUGAGAAACAAGGAGGUCAAAGAUGCUAUAAAACUGACAAGGAUAAAGUUCUUUAGAUUUGAUACACCACAAUAA